CUGUGGAAGUGCUUAUGCCCAGACACCCCCCUCACGGGACGUAUCUCCAAGCAGUGGUGUGACAUCGGUUUCCAAGGCAGCGACCCCAAGACGGACUUCCGGGGAAUGGGGAUCCUGGGCCUGUCUAAUCUCCUAUACUACGCAGAACACGACAGAGCCAAUGCCCUGCAGCUCCUCCACGAUUCGCAGCAGCCAAAGAGCAGCAAGAUGAGUAAGGCAGAGUGGGAGAAGAGCCAGCUGGAUAAAGCGAUUGGGUACUCCUUCGCCAUCGUGGGUAUCAACAUCACGGACCUGGCUUACAGGCUGCUGGUGGGCGGUGCCCUCAAGACCCACCUGUACAACGUGGCCCCAGAGAUGCCCAGCAUAGCCCACUUCCAGCAGACCUUCUGUUAUCUGAUGCAGGAGUUUCACAGGUUCUGGAUGGAGGAAGACCCCCGUGACAUCAUGGAAUUCAACCGCAUCCGUGACAAGUUCCACAAGAUGGUACUGAAGCUGCUCAGAGACCCUGACACAGCCCUGUGCCCUCACUUCUCUGCCUCCGACCUCCACAUGAUCACGCUCUAGUCACCUGCAAAGCUCAAACCUGGGGCUGCAUCCCUCCCAUCCGCCCUCAUGUCACUGCCAACAGGUCACACAUCUACGCCACAGGGAGAUUCCCGGCCUCCUGCCCUUCCCACAAUCCUAAGCUCUACCAGCAGCCCUCACGACAUUGGUGAUUGUGCGAUCGCGAGCAUGGCGCUCUGUCUGAGCCAAUCAGGGAGCACUCUCAUUUCUCCCAUGAGCCAGUCACAUGACACAUUUCGUCUGUAAGCCUUAGCGUGCAGAUACGCUUCUGAGCUGUGGAUGUGUCGCACCUGUGAAACUGUCACACUUCUGGAAUUAAAUAAAUCCAAAGAUCACAUGCUCCAGUGUGUCACUGUCAGACACAACUAUGGUAUUUCAUUGCCAAAAAAACAAAAAUGAAGCAGGAGAGUGAGAAUAUAAUUUGAGAACAGGAACUUAAAGAUGUUCUGCUAUUUGUGAAUGUUAUUGUGAUAGAUUGUUAUGAUUGUUUAAUACCAAUAUAUGUUAUGUAUAGAUGGAAAACUGCAGAAUAAUUUGCUCUUUGUCAGCCAAAGCAAUAAUUCACCUUUUUUCUAGCCAAUACGCUUAUAGUUUACCGUUGCUUUGGUGCAAAUAUUUAAUUUAAUUAUUCAACCACACGUCAGUAGUAAAUUUUAAAAUGUGAUGUUACAGGAACCUCAUACAUUUCUGCGUUACUGCCGGUUUCCGUAGGCAAGGUUUUAAAAAUAUUUUUAUAAUUGUUUUACGUGGAAGCAUCAUAUCAAACACGACGUAUUAAGCACAUUUUGUAACUUUUGCUAUUAACUGUGCGUGGUAAUAGUAAAGAACUUUAAUUUUCAGAACUUUCAUAUGCAAUAGAUUGGAUAGACAGAAACUCUGGAAGUUAGGCUUUUUGUUAAAGUUUUGUGUCUUACAUUUCUCUGAAGAUUGUGUCCAUCGAAUACAUCGCGGUCUGCUUUUAAAAAACAUUGUAUCCAAUUUUGCCACUACAUUUGCUUUGCACACACGUCAAACGAUUGAUUGACAUUUAAGUAUUGUAUUUGCCUAUUAGCAGCUAUUGUACGUACAGUGAUAAGCAAAUAAAUUUGUGGGCGAAUA